AGUUUAAGUUAGAAAAUCUGUUGAAUAGAGACAAACUUUGGUAGUUUGUCGUUUUUUUGUUUUUUAUAAUAUAAAAGCUUGAAGAUGAAAUUAAGUAUAUUUAUAUUUAUGCUUGUUUACCUUGUUCUGAGUAGCCAGGAAGGUGACGCCGAGUUGUCACGUCAUCAUUUUGGUUCUAAUCAUGAUGGCUAUAAUAAUAAUCGUGAUAAUGGUCAUGAUAAUGAACGGCACCAUCGUUUUGGAGAAGAGAAAUGGGAGAGAAGAUUUGCAGCUUCUGAUGGCGAUUUGGAAAGAAACCACUGGGAACCUGAUCGAAUGUAUGCUAACCCACCCAGCCGUUUACUAUGGAAAAGAAGAUGGAACAACAGUUCAGACGGACAUUUAUUUCAUUCUAAGCAUGUAUACAGAAAAUUAUUCAAAGCAAUUAUAAGACGACCCGAAAUUUUGGAUUAUUUGUUCAAGACUUUAAAUAUUUCCGAUAGUGUAAAUUCAACAGUUUCUUUCAAUAACAUGAGUCAAAAUGGUACAAGACUGACCAACACCACGACGAAUAGCACAAGUGUGACUGAUCAACCUCGUACGCAAAAUAUGUGGAAAUCUUUCAAACUUCGUCGGAGGUUGCUUCAUUCGCGAGAUCAUAAAGGUGGAUGUGGACAUUUAGGUAAAAAACAUAGGAGACAUCAUUCCCGUAGAGCCUUCAAAAGACACCACUUGGAAUCGAGAAGAGAACAUAUGAGACAACGCAAUAUCAAGCGUCGUUUUGAUAUUCCUGUAUAA